GAUAGUAGUGAUGGUGGUUGAUGGUGGUGGCGAUACUUUACGCUGGCGCAACCCCCCGGGCACGCCGGACAGUGACGAUGUAGAGUGCUCGCGAUCAAUUUUUCGAGCCCGGUGGUGCGCGAGAGUGGAUACCGCGGCAUUCUCCGUCGGCGAUCAUCACGUUGGUCUCGUUCUUCUUCUUCUCUCUCCUUUUGUUUUUCAUGCGUCACACACGAGAAGCACGGUGCAUCUCGCGCGACAACAAUGACUAGGUGUCCUGAAUACGCGUAUGGCCUUUGAUGCUUUGAUGUAACAAUCGAGAGGUGUCGAGGACAAUGUUUCGGAGUCGGGAGAAUUUACAAAGAGACGAUUAGAGACGAUCUCGUGCCACGUGACUUAUCCCGUUCGGUCCCGCCAGCAUUUUCCGUGCCUAUACUAUAUGUAAGAGCGAUUGUCUCUUCCUCGUGAAACAUGAAGUCACGAGACGAAGUUGCAAUCGCUUCAUUCCGCUCGAGCCUGAAGAACAACAAAGGGAUUAAACGAAACACUCGUAAGCUUCUGGUUUCCGUUGGAGGGUGACUCGACGUAUCGAUCGUCUGACGACAAAAAGGUGAAGUUCUUAUGUUGCAAACGUACGAGAAGGUACUCUAGACUACUAGUAGCUAAGCUAUGAGACUACUAAGGUACGAGUAUCUUAGGCACUCAGCACGAGUACCUAAGAUCUCGUAUCUUAAUAGUCUCGUACUUUAGUCGUGUAGUCAAAAGAUAAAAGAAAGAAAAUGCCAGAAGACUGUUUGCUCCCGCGGAGAGCGGAGGUUAGACGAAUUCACAUGAGGGAUCAAAAAUUGGCCGAUAACCCGUGCGCGCCGGAAGGGAAAAAGUCUGUGGACGAAGGGAGCGAAGAGAGGCGGAGAAUCGGUCGCGUAUAUGGAACGACGAGGCACAAGUCACGUCGCAUUAAAUCUUGAUCUCACCUGGGCGAGCAGUAGCGGCGGCGGGCGAGUACCGGGCCGCGGGAAGGGCAAAGUGGGGGUAAGGCUAGUCUGGGCGCGCUUCGAAACCCUGAGCGGAAGGCAAUCCGCUCGAAUCCGGCGGAGUGCGAGCAGGUUACCCCGCUAGAGUAGUCCUCGGUGUCCGUCAUUGGAGAAGGGAGCCUUCGUAGGCGGAAGGAGAGAGAGGAAGAGAGAGGAAGAGAGAGCGGGACGUAAGAGAAAGAGAGAAUACGGAGAGGGAAGAACUGAGGGAGGAGGAGGAGGAGGUGGAGAAGGAGGUGGAGGAGGAGGAGGAGGAAGCGAUCACGAGCUUCGUCGAAGGCGCCUGCGCUCCAACACUCCGCACCUUCGGUUCCUCGACUUCGACUACCGCAGCUCCCGAGCACCGCGGCGACGACGUAAAAGCUCGCGUCGCGAUGCGCUCGCGACCGUCAUCGCGCGAGUAGACCAAGAAGUCAUUCCGCUCCGCUGAUCCAGGAAUACACGGAGAAUACACACAGCGAACUCGUCGUCGUUGUCGUCGUGUGUUCUUGCCAGGCCACGUGCUGCGCGAAUCCGCGGAACCUGCCUGUUAGAGGAUAGGUCGCCGACGGUGUGCUGUACACGUGACAGUUGUGUGUGAACAUUGAACGUGAGGAUGAGGCAAAGCUUCCGCGAACAAACGUCGACGGGUGGGAUUGUCGUGCGUUUUGCCAGCAACGACAAUAGACGUGAAGUCGCGAGUGAGAAGCGUACGACGAAUAAAGCGCGAGUGUUUUAGGCUCGUGUCGAACUCUUAUCGCGUCGAUGUGCGUGUACGAAUAGAGGACGUGGCAAACUGAAACCCUAUCGGUAACUUGGACGGCGUUGCAUCUGACGGAAGUGUCAAAGAGUGUUCGUGCCAGACAAUAUUAUCCGCGCGAUGAGAAUUAUAGAUAUUCUCAGCCGUCUGUCUGAAGCGCGAGAAAACUCGCGUUGUCCGAAAGAACGCGCAUAAAAUCAUCCAUCGGAGCAGCCGUUGGAUCUUUUGUGUUUAACGAAGGCCUCGAGUAAUUCGCAAUCGGGAGAUCGCGAGCAAGAGACUAAAAAGACACGGCAAAAAAGUCGUCGGAUGCAAAACGGGGAGUAGCAGCAGGGGCGAUCCGGAGGACACAAACGUGUUGUAUCUGCGAGGAGUCGGCGGAGGAAAGCGGCAGAGAGGGAGGAGCUGUUGCUCACGACUGUGGAGGGGGCGGAGGUAAGAACGUCUGGUGAUGAUGAUCGGUGGUGGCGUCGCGACCCCUCCUGGUACUGCCAAGUCGGCGGCUGCGAUCGACGGCGAGAUGGUGCAGGUCGACGGCAUUGGCAGUGGUAGUGUCAGUGGUAGUGCUAGUGGUAGUGGUAGCCCUGCGACGGGCGCGACCACCACGCGCCUCGCGAACAACGGUAGUAACAGCCACAGCAGCAAUAACAACGGCAACGUCAGCAGCAGCAACGGCAACAACAACAGCGCCAGCAGCAACGGCAACAACAGCAACAGCAGCAACGACGGCCACGGAGUGACGAAUUGCGCGAGCACGACCACCUCGGCAGUGGGCGACAAGUUCUGCUGCCAGGAUGAGGAUGUGCCCGUCAGCACGAGCGUCGCGCGACCUUGGGAACCACCGUCACCGACGUUCUCUCAGUCGAGAUCGCAUCUGCUGCAGGUCCAUCCACCGCAUCACCAUCAACAUCCCACUGCCACGCAUCAUCACCAGCAGAUGAACGUUCCGGCUUCUUUGAUCGAUGGCGUGAGCUUGCAAAAUUGCACAGCGGGCCCGUUCGCCAGCGGCAAUAGUGGCGGUACAUCACGGCAGCGCUUAAUCGAAUUGUCGCAUGGAUUAGGAGCACUGAGACACUACAACGAUCUCGCUAACCACGUGUUGUCCCUAAAUCAGCAGGGCGCAGUCGUCACGAAACUUUUGGGUACGCUGCGCCCGCCGGGCCUGAUCGGCGGCAGUAAGCCGAAGGUAGCGACGCCGGCUGUCGUCGCCAAGAUCGAGCAAUAUAAAAGGGAGAACCCGACCAUCUUCGCCUGGGAAAUUCGGGAGAGGCUAAUCUCCGAGGGAGUCUGCAGUAAUGCCACAGCGCCGUCAGUCAGCAGCAUCAAUCGGAUACUGCGAAACCGCGCGGCAGAGCGCGCGGCCGCGGAGUUCGCGCGUGCCGCCGGCUACGGCCUGUACGCGGCCGCCGGGCCGCACCCGUACUUCAACUCGCACCAACACCCGACCACGAGCCACCAUCUGCCGGCGGGUUGGCCGGGUGCCCCGGGCGCGGCCGGACACCCGUGGAUGUUGCCGCCUCUAGCUACCGGUAUCUCCGGCGCCGCCGCGUCCGCACUGCUGUUGCCGCCGUCUCUGAGUCCCGGGGCCGCGGCUGCCGCGGCCGCGGCCGCAGCAGCGUCCGCGUCCGCUGCCGGCACCACCGAGCACGCCCUCCACACCGCCGACGCGAUCGCUCGCGGUUACUUGCAAGACGGUGACGGGGACGACGGGAGCUUAGACGGCUCGGAGCAGCCCAAGUUCCGGCGCAAUCGCACGACCUUCAGCCCGGAGCAGCUGGAGGAACUCGAGAAAGAGUUCGAGAGGUCGCACUACCCCUGUGUGUCGACGCGCGAGCGUCUCGCCUCGAAGACGUCGCUGUCGGAAGCGCGCGUUCAGGUUUGGUUUUCCAACAGACGGGCAAAGUGGCGUCGUCACCAGCGCAUGAACCUCUUAAAGCGCUCACCACCACCGCCACCACCGCCACCGCCACCGCAGCCGCAGCCGCCGCCGCAGCAGCAACCGCACUCCGCUACGUCCGCUAUGGAAAUCGGCCAGCGUACGUCCAGCUGCUCCAUUGCCGGCAUGGGCGGCGAAAGUAGCGCGUUCCGCGCAGUGGUCGCCAACUCCGCCAACAGGGACAACGUCACCGUAGACAGGUCGUCCGACAGAAUCGACCGGCUCGAAUCGUUGCCGAAGCAACCGGAGAGGAAGCCCAGCGCCUUCCGGAUGAUCAGUCAGUUAGUGGGCGACGACUCCACCGGGCUGUCCUCGCGACCGACCAGUCCCGCGUACGAGCAGCGCUCAGGAUCUCUGCUCGCGCGUGGCCCGAGCCCCGGCUCGGCGCACAGGCUACGUUUCGACCACGAGGACGAGGACGAGGACGAGGAGAUCGACGUGCAGGACUCCGAUCAAGACGCGCCGUCGCCGCCGCCAGUCGCCUGGAGGGAUCAUUGGACCGAUCAGCAGCCUUUGGAGCUGACCAAGCAUGAUCGUUGAGCGAGACAGUGCGUUAAGUGUCGAUGUCUCGCUUCGGUGUUCGAUUGUUGUUGCCCACCGAAGCGGCAGGAUGACGACAACUGAUUUAACAAUCAAGUCUCUAACGUCAAUAAUACGUCAGUGAUGCGCCAUUUGACGUCAUCAUGUCUACUGAGCAGUGGUCCGAGUCGUCAUUAAGUGGUGCGCGGUAAGAGACUCCCAAAACAGUGGGGUUCUACUUGCCCAGUGAAUCGACACGAUGUUUAUUUAUUGCUAAACUCUCGGUGGAACUGUCGAUGUCCCGAGUGACCGACCAGUGCAAAUGUGAAGGAGAAUAUCUUUCGCUCUAUGGUGCUCCGAGUACGGCGCGAGUUUCAGGGAGUAGCGGCUGGUGUCCGUCGGCGCGAACGGGAGUCGUCGAUCCCGCAGUCGACUUGGCUUGGUUGACAUGCGCGAGUGCUGAUGGGGCCACAAGUUCGGUAACUCUCGUCGCAUCAUUUGCGACACGCCGGCAAACUUCGCUCGUCGACUACGAUCCGCGCCGUCGUGUGUAUUUAGUAAUGUCUCUUUUCUCGUCUACCUUCUCCCUACGGGCUCCUCGGCUCAUGCUUCGUCGUCGGUCGACGUGUCUUAUAUUUCGAAUCCCGCGAAAGCACUUGUUCUAUGAGGACGCUACCUUUCGUAAUCACGGCGAGUCAUGGAGAGUGUGAGUGUCGCGCGGUGUUGUGUAAUAAUAUUCAAAAAACGCAAUGUUAUCAAUGUCGCUGUAAUUGUUAUCGUUGACUGCAUAGGUGGUCGAUAUAAACGCCAAGCGGUGUCAGUCUUACUUCUCUUUUUUAGCUGAGAAGUCGCUCGCGAGAGAGCAGCGUCGACGAGGAAGGAUGUACCGUGAGAGCGAAGAGCGAGCUCGUUACGAGCUUGUUCGGAACUAGUCCUAGAGAAUCCUUUAUGAGAUAGGGAGGAGGGGCGGGGAAGGUACAUGCGUUACCUAGGUAUCUGAGAUAGGAGUAAGCGGAUAGAGAAAAAGAAAACGCGAACAAUUAAUUCUCUGUUGAAAUAACGUUUAUUUAAAUGAAUACGUUUGUAAAUAUUCCACACGGUGUCACGAUUCAUUCUCUAUCUCUUUCUCGCAAACUCUCUUCCAAAUUCUUUCUAAACUAUCCUACGACGGACGAAAUGAUUUUCCGACGAUUCUCAUCGAAUAUAUUCCGCACAACGAAGUAUGCUAUAUUGAAAUAAAUUUACACGAA